AUGAAAGAUUAUCAGAUUAGAAGAAUUGAUAUCAAGGGUAUGGUAGCUAGAGUGGAGAAAUUGUUUAAAAGACAUGAAGAUUUAUUAUUGAAAUUUAACAAUUUUUUGCCAAAUGAAUUUGAAAUUAAUCCUCCACCAAAAAAACCAAAUACCCAAGUAGUAGAUAAAGAGGACGCUAAAAAUUACUUGGCUAAAGUGAAGAUUCGAUUUCAAAGUCAACCUUAUGUGUACGAUUUGUUUCUGGACAUAAUGAGUAUGUUCAAAAACAAAGACAAAAACCUUGACGAAAUGUAUGAAAUGGUUGUUUCACUCUUAGAAGAUCAUCCUGAUCUUAUUGAUGGAUUUACUGAUUUUCUUCCAUAA